AUGCCUAAAGCCUUUACCCCCAUCAGAGUUGGUGCAAUGGACCUUGCCCAACGUAUUGCUAUGGCACCCAUGACCCGAUUUCGGGCCGAUGAUGCUCACGUUCCCCUUCCCAUAAUGAAGGAUUAUUAUCAGCAGCGUGCUGUAGUGUCUAGGAGUUUGAUCAUCACCGAAGCCACUUUCAUUUCUCCCCGGGCCGGCGGUUACGACAAUAUCCCCGGAAUCUACAAUGACGAACAGAUCGCGAUGUGGCGAAAGGUGACCGACGCCGUCCACGCCAAAAAUUCAUACAUUGUCCUCCAGCUAUGGGCCUUGGGCCGCGCUGCAGAUCCCUCUGUCCUGGGACGUGACCAGCUCCCAGUUGUCUCAAGCAGUGCAACUCCGAUGAUGCCCGAGAAACCGGCGCCGCGAGCUCUGAACGAGUCUGAGAUCCACGAAUUCAUCCAGGACUACGCGCAGGCUGCCAAGAAUGCUGUCAAGGCCGGUUUUGAUACCGUAGAAAUCCACGGGGCAAACGGCUACUUGAUCGAUCAGUUCACUCAGGACACAUGCAACACCCGCAACGACAAAUGGGGCGGAAGUGUCGAGAACCGCUCCCGCUUUACCCUCGAAGUGACAAAAGCAGUUGUUGACGCUAUCGGCGCUGAGCGAACGGGAAUCCGACUCAGUCCGUGGAGUUCUUUCCAGGGGAUGCGCAUGAAAGACGUGGUUCCGCAAUUCACCCAUCUCGCCAAGGAACUGGCCAAGUUCAAGCUUGCCUAUGUGCAUCUGGUUGAAUCCCGCAUCUCUGGGCCCGGAGAUAUGCCCCAGUCCGCCGAUAAGCUUGAUUUCUUCCUGCAGGCUUAUGGGAACGCUAGCCCGGUGAUUGUAGCGGGUGGUUAUACGGCGAACAAGAUUGAUGAGGCGCUCGAGAAGACAUACAGUGAUUAUGAUGUUAUUGUUGGUAUUGGCCGGUAUUUCACUUCGAAUCCGGAUCUGAUCUAUCGGAUCAGACAGGGCAUUCCUUUACGGCCGUAUGAGCGCGAACACUUUUAUACACCGAAGGAUCCUUGUGGUUAUAUUGAUUAUGAUUUCUCUCGUGAAUGGGAAUGCUGCGAGGCGGAUGAAGGGGGUUGUCAGCCGUGA